AUGGAGACGACACUGCCCUUCCCGUUCGUCAUCAGUGUCGGAACCUUUCCUGAGGGCCUCACUCGCGAACAGGUAUCGGUCCUGGGCGCCCCCUUCUUCGAUGCCGACGAUAAGACGCUUGCGAGCAACACCGACUUCCAGGCUUACUUUGACGUCAGUGCUGUUCAAUCAUACGAGGACAUCGUGUCCCUUCUCGACCGCGGUGCGAGGAGAGUCUUUGUGGACACUGAGCGACUCCCCGAGUACGCCGACUUCAGAGACCGCGUAGCCCCCACAGUUUCAACCCUCGACCUCUCAGCCGCCACAUCCAAUGGUCUUCUCGUCAAGGACUUUGACCCUUCAAGUUCCCGUGUCGACGAAUUCGUCAAGCAGGCCAGCGAGAAGAAGCUGACCAACCUGUUCGUCAAGCCCGUAUCUGGCACCAACCUCGAAACCUUCAUCGAGAUUGCCCAGAAGGCUCACGCCAUCCCUAUCAUUCCCGCAGACGCCCUGACCGUCAACAAGGAUGACUCGACCCGCCUCUCACUAGCCAAGGUCAUUGCCUCCCUGUGCAAGUCUGACAGGACUGAUGGUCUCCUCCCUACCGUUGUCUGCGACGAGUCGAGCACCGCGCUUGGCCUUGCCUACAGCAGCCAGGAGAGCAUUUCCGAAGCCAUUCGAACACGGACGGGUGUCUACCAGAGCCGUAAGCGCGGACUUUGGUACAAGGGUGCCACAUCUGGCGACACCCAGGAGCUGCUCCAGGUCUCCUUGGACUGCGACAACGACGCCAUCAAGUUUGUCGUCAGGCAAAAGGGACGCUUCUGCCACCUCGAGCAAGAUGGCUGCUUUGGCAACUUGACGGGCAUCGCCCGUCUUGAGAAGACCCUCAAGGCCAGGAAAGAGUCUGCCCCUGAGGGUUCCUACACGGCACGCCUUUUCAACGACGAGAAGCUCCUGCGGGCCAAGAUCAUGGAGGAGGCCGAGGAGCUGUGCGACGCCAAGACGAAGGACGACGUUGCCUUCGAGGCCGCAGACCUGAUUUACUUUGCCCUCACCAAGGCUGUCAGUGCUGGUGUCAGCGUGGCUGAUAUCGAGAAGAGCCUUGACGCCAAGGGCUGGAAGGUCAAGAGGAGAAAGGGUGAUGCGAAGGGCAAGUGGGCUGAGAAGGAGGGCAUCCAGACUGAUGCGCCAGCUCCAGCCAAGGCCGCCCCAGCGCCUGCUCCUCAGAGCAACGGUGCCAAGUCAGACAAGAUCCUCAUGCGCCGUUACGAUGCGUCCAAGGUCUCGGCUGCCGAGGUCACCGAGGUCCUGAAGAGGCCAUCACAGAAGUCUCCUGAGGCUAUUCUCAACAUCGUCAAGCCUAUCAUUGACGAGGUCCGUUCCGGCGGCGACAAGGCCGUACUCUCCUACACCCACAAGUUUGAGAAGGCCACAUCACUCACCUCGCCUGUCUUGCGGGCACCCUUCCCGGAGGAGGCCAUGAAGCUUUCCGAGGAGUCCAUCAAGGCCAUUGACAUUUCUUUCGAGAACAUCCGCAAGUUCCACGCUGCCCAGAAGGAGGACAAGACCCUCCACGUCGAGACGAUGCCUGGUGUCGUGUGCAGCCGCAUGUCCAGGCCGAUCGAGCGCGUCGGUCUCUACAUCCCCGGUGGCACAGCUGUCCUGCCCAGCACGGCUCUCAUGCUCGGUGUCCCCGCCAUGGUCGCCGGCUGCAAGAAGAUUGUCUUCGCGUCGCCGCCCCGCGCCGACGGCAGCCUGACGCCCGAGAUUGUCUACGUCGCCCACAAGGUUGGCGCCGAGAGCAUCGUCCUCGCCGGCGGCGCUCAGGCCGUCGCCGCCCUGGCCUACGGCACAGAGUCGGUCCCCAAGGUCGACAAGAUCCUCGGCCCCGGCAACCAAUUCGUGACGGCAGCCAAGAUGUUCGUCAGCAACGACACCAACGCCGGCGUCAGCAUCGACAUGCCCGCCGGCCCCUCCGAGGUCCUCGUCAUCGCCGACGCCGACGCCAACCCGGCCUUUGUCGCCUCCGACCUCCUCUCCCAGGCCGAGCACGGCGUCGACAGCCAGGUCGUCCUCCUCGCCGUCGACCUGUCCGAGGACAAGCUCCGCGCCAUCGAGGACGCGCUCCACGAGCAGGCCGUCGCCCUGCCGCGCGUCGACAUUGUCCGCGGCGCCAUCGCCCACUCGGUCACCAUCCAGGUCCGCGACGUGGACGAGGCCAUGCGCAUCAGCAACGAAUACGCCCCCGAGCACCUCAUCCUCCAGCUCCAGAACGCCCCCGACGUCGCCCAGAUGGUCAUGAACGCCGGCAGCAUCUUCAUCGGCGAGUGGACCCCCGAGAGCGUCGGCGACUACUCGGCCGGCGUGAACCACUCUCUUCCCACCUACGGUUUCGCCAAGCAGUACUCGGGCGUCAACCUCGGCUCUUUCGUCAAGCACAUCACGAGCUCGAACCUCACGGCCGAGGGCCUGCGCAAUGUCGGCUCGGCCGUCAUGCAGCUGGCCAAGGUCGAGGAGCUCGAGGCUCACAGGCGCGCGGUCGAGAUUCGUCUCAACUACCUCGACAAGAAAUGA